GCACCUGCUGGGGCAAAUCACUCACAGCUGAGAUCGGAAGGGGAUCUAAUCCAUCCACGCCGGAGGAUUUCAGUGAAAAUGUGGGCCCUCAAAGGUAAAAAGGAGUACCUGACAGUGAAGGAUCUGCAGAACAUUCUGGACUCGUGUAAACUGCAUUUGAGUCAGAUAGAUGAGGUGUGGCCUAACAUUUACAUAGGCAACGUGACAGUUGCCCAGACCAAGACAGCCUUGGUCCAGUUGGGAAUAACUCACGUGUUGAACGCCGCUCACUCCAAGAAAGGCAGCAUUGGGAAUCAGGGCUUCUACGGCAAGGACUUUGAGUAUUGCGGCAUUCCGGCAGAGGACUCCACGCAUUUUGACCUGGAUGUUUACUUCCGACCCGCCGCCGAUUUCAUCCACAAGGGCCUCAAGGCACCCCAUGGGAAAGUGCUGGUGCACUGCAUCAUGGGAAUGAGUCGCUCGUCCACCUUGGUGCUGGCCUACCUGAUGAUCUACCAGCACCUGCCGCUGGAGCAGGCUCUGCACAGGCUGGUGAAGAAGAGAGCCAUCUACCCCAACAGGAACUUCCUGGCCCUGUUGCUGGACCUGGACUUGCAGCUGGCCAGGAAGAAGAAGAAGGAGAACAAGUGUCAAAUCUUAUGACAA